UUGGAUCCACCGACUUUUUCAACCCUAUAAGUUACCCUACCGACCUAUAAACACAAUGGAACUUGCAACUAACAGCCGAUUAUUAUCAUUUUUGUCUUUAUUCUUAUUUAUAUUUCCCUUUAAUAUUGUUGCUCAACGGCAUCGUUACCCACACAAUCAAGGAAAUUAUUUCAGCAGACAAAAACUGCAAGAAAUCCAGAAGGAAGAAAAUGAGGCUGAAAGCUCUCUGCCAAAGAUUUUCUGCGCGCAUGGAGCUUCAGUAGGUGGCCGUUGCGUAUGUGAUCAUGGUUGGGCCGGUACCAAUUGUCAGAGGGAAAUGCAUUGUGCUACUUUUGAGCGAACUGCUAAUGGAAGGUUAGGAAGCUGCCCUGUCUGCCAGUCCAACUUUCAAGGGGAUAAAUGCGAAUAUAUUGAAUGCCAAAAUGGAGGGCAGGAAUCAUUAGAAACUCAAAAUUGUAACUGUCCAAAGCCUUAUUCUGGCCGUUUUUGCGAUGAAUUACUCACAGAAAAUGUCUACCACUAUUAUAACUCUAAAGUAGCAACUCUUGGUCCUCUCGGACUUAUUUCUGUUAUACCAAUGAUUUGUCUUUAUGUAUUAUGUGAAAGAUUUGCAAGAAAAAGACAAGUGAGAAGAAUUGAGAAAACCUGGAAUUUACAGAGCAGUAAAACGGUGAAUCCUGCUCAUAUUGAAUUUUUAUUAAGGGAUAAGAGUUGA